AGAGGAAAACACAAAACGAAAGGAAGAAGAAAAAGAAAAGAAGGUAAUAAAAAUGGUGGGGUUGCGGAGAACAAGACUGGUGGUGCUGAUAGCAGUGGCACUGGUGGUUAACGCCGUCACAGCUGCCGACGCCGCCGUGGUUAACGUUAGAGCCUUAGGAGCCAAGGGCGAUGGCAGAACCGACGACACAGCGGCGUUUGCGGCUGCAUGGAAGCAAGCGUGCGGAGCCACGGGGAAGAGCACUAUAACGGUGGGAAAGGGAGAGUAUCUGGUGACGAGAAUUGAUUUCAACGGACCGUGCAAAGGCCCUGUCACAGUGGAGCUGCUGGGGAAUCUGAAGGCGCCGGCCGAGGUCACCAAGACCGAAGCUCAUGGCGGAUGGGUCAACUUUGGAAACCUCGUCGACUUCACUCUCAACGGUCACGGCUCUAUCCUCGACGGCCAAGGCGCUCUCGCUUGGAAGAAAAACGACUGCGCCAAGACCGGCAAAUGCAACAACCUCCCCAUUAACGUGAGGUUCACGGGCUUGACGAACUCGAGGAUAAGGAGCAUAACAUCGUCGAACAGCAAGUUGUUCCACAUGAACAUCCUCAACUGCAAGAACAUCACUCUGGAGGACAUCGGCAUAGACGCUCCUCCCGAAAGCCUAAACACCGACGGAAUCCACAUCGGACGCUCCAACGGAGUGAACCUGCUCGGGGCUCACGUCAGGACAGGUGACGACUGUGUCUCCAUCGGAGACGGAAGCGAGAACCUCGUCAUCGAGAACGUGAGAUGCGGCCCUGGACACGGAAUCGCCAUAGGAAGCCUGGGGAGGUAUCCGAACGAGCAGCCGGUGAGAGGGGUCCAUGUGAGGCACUGCACCAUCAGCAACACCAUGAACGGUGUCAGGAUCAAGACAUGGCCUGCCUCCCCCGCCGGUAUUGCCUCCAACUUGCAUUUCGAGGACAUCGUCAUGGAAAACGUCGGAACCCCCAUCCUCGUCGACCAGGAGUACUGCCCUUACAACCACUGCAAGCGCGGGUCGCCGUCGAUGGUGAAGAUUUCGGACGUGAGCUUCAAGAACAUAAGAGGGACAUCGUCGACGAAGACAGCGGUGAAAUUGGUGUGCAGCAAAGGAGUGCCGUGCAGUAAGGUGGAGCUCUCCGACAUAAAUCUGACUUACAACGGCAAAGACGGACCUGCUGUCUCCGAAUGCGCCAACGUCAAGCCCAUUCUCUCCGGCAAGAUCAUCCCCGCCGCCUGCACCGCUCCUCACAAACCCCUUGCUUAAACCCCAAGCAACCUUGCCUGUGGAAUGGGUGAUCUAUCUAAAGUUUUGGCCUCUCUAUAUAUUGAAUGAGAAGAUGCUAAUAAUAUAGAGGAGAAAAUUCUUUUAUUUAUUUAAUAUAAAGUUAAAUGUUCAUUCAUUCUCAUCUUAUGAGUUGCGAAUACAAGAUUGAUAUACUAAUGCAUUUUGCGAUUCUGUGGA